CGGGGAUGGAUUUGUCGCGGUGUCUCGUCACCCACAUUCUGUGAUUUCUCCCUCAGGCGUGAAAUUCGCAAUCAUUUCACGCGGAAGUCCUCGCCAAGCAGCCCGUGACGAUCCCCCAGACGACUGGCGAUGAGAAUCUGUGCUCAGUUCCGUGGCCGAGGAAGCAUAUCACAGUGAAAAACAGCGCGGAAAAGCGCCCAGAACGAAGGAGUGAAAAAUCUCACGGACAGUGCGCGUGAAGUGUCAGUGAAAAUUCCAGGAAGUUGAGCAAGUUCGCCGGCUGGAAAAAGGGUUGAGCGAUGAGCAAAUACCAGCAGGUGGUGACGCAGGAGCAGCAGAGCCAGGAGGAUUCGCUGGAAUACUUCAUUCGCUUUCCCACGCCAAAGAGCGGAAGUGGCGAGCAAAAUGGAACUUCAGAGGCCGAUUAUGUUUUCAUCCACAACGAAAAUCACGUUCCAAUCGUGCUGCUGCUGGGCUGGGCAGGAUGCCAAGAUAAAUAUCUGAUGAAGUACUCGAAAAUCUACGAGGAUCGAGGACUGAUCACCGUGCGAUACACGGCGCCGGUGGAGAAUCUGUUCUGGAAGCGAUCGUCGCUGAAGCUGAUCGGCGAGAAGAUCCUCAAGCUGAUCUACGACAUGAAUUUCGACGCUCAUCCGCUCUUCUUUCACGUGUUCUCCAACGGCGGCGCCUACAUGUAUCAGCACAUCAACUUCGCCAUGCGACGCUCAGCGCGUCCCGUUCACGUGCAGGGCAUGAUCUUCGACUCGGCGCCCGGCGAGCGGCGCUUCUCCAGCCUCUACGGCGCCAUCAGCGCCAUCUACGGCCGCGAGCGGUCCUUCAACUGUCUCGUGUCCUUCCUCAUCUCCGCCACGCUCACCGUCAUGUGGCUGCUCGAGGAUUGCUACUCGGUGGUGCGCAGUUUCUGGAAUCCGCAGGAGCCGCCGCUGUGGAACCCCAUGAAGAACCUCAAGAACGCCACUCACUCGUGCCCCACGAUGUUCCUCUACUCCAAGGAGGACACGAUCAUUCCCUACCAGGACAUAGAAUGUUUCGCAGACUAUCGACAGAGCAAAGGCGUUUUCGUGAAGAAGAUCUGCUUCGAGAAGUCUGAGCACGUGAAGCACUUCAUUGUGCAUCCGCAGUACUACGUGAAGUGCGUGUGUCGCUUCAUCAGCGACUGCCUGGCGUCCUAUCAGGCUUCAGGACCGUCAACGAAGAUCGAUUGAAUCGACUGCUGGGCAAUAGAAGCAUAAUUUCUUAAUCACUUGAGCACUCACUAAUUGCACAACUUUCCACUUUGGUGAUAUACUUGAAUGGGAGAAGAAUAGCGUUAUUUUUCCUAAAGACGAGCGCCGCGCCAGGAAGGAGGGAUAAAAUCAUGAGCAAAAGGACAUUUUGUCAGCCUUAUCGAUUGAACUUACGAGAAUUAUCUGUUAUUCACUGGAGGGCUCUUGUGUGUCUCUCCCAAUGAAUUUGAGAUGCUUUAAUAGGAAUUUCAUUAGUUAGUAGAGACUAUUGAAUGAUACAAUUGUUGCUAGACAUGUAUUUUCAGGUAUAGGAAUUAAUAUAGGAAUAUUCACGAAAGAAAAAUUGCAAAGAAAAAAAAACUCUCUAGGGCAAAAUAGCGUCAAAUUACAAAGAAGAAGAAAAAGAAAUCUACUCAAGCGACUCAAACAUAUUUUAUUUCUGGGUGAUAAUUUAGCAUUUAAUCUAUUAUAUUCUUUUUGGUGGAUUAACUCAAUAAAAGAAAGUCACUUUAUUAUGUAUUUUGAGUGAUUUAUUGACAAAA